AUGUCCAGACUUCUCAUCCCAACCGACGCCCGAAUCCAACCCAUCCAGCAAAUAAUCAACUAUCUAUUCAUCAACCCCGCAAAUUGCUAUGAAGCUCUCCGCACCCCAGGCUCCACGCCAAUCAUCGCCCCCCACCGGUUAGAUGGACACAAAGAUCUCGCCCAACUCGGCGACGCAGUCUUACGCCUAGUUCUUGUGAAGGAUGGCUACCAGGCCCAUGCAACAAGAGGCUUCCAGAAGGGCCUCGACCGCUACCUCUACGUCAACCCCUCGCAGGGCGGUGCCGUCUCCGACAAAGUCAUGGCCACAACUGUUGAAGCCAUCUUGGGCGCCGUCUACAUCGACAGCGGUGAGAACAUCCAAGCCGUGCGAUCUGUUGUGGCGGAGUUGGGUCUCGCCUGGCAUGCAUAG